AUUGUUGUUCAUGCAGAUGAAUUAAAAGAUGCAGAUAUCUGGCGCAGGAGAGGGACAUUUAUUUACCGAUGAGGAGUGCGAUGGCAAUUCUACCGUUAAACCAGUUUCACCUACUAAACCCCACAAUACAUUCCUGCGUUUCCACGCAAACUAUCUUUAGAAGAUUCAUCGGCACCGGAGAUUUAACAAAAAACGGAAUGGACGGAAAUAGUGAUCACUUCGGCAACGACGGGAGGAGCCAUGUCCGUAUGUUAACGUACCACACGAACAAUUGCAAAGCACCACCCGGUUACAGUUUAUGAAACACAAAUAACAGCAAACCAGACACAUAUGAUCAAUCAAAUGAGCUUAUAAGUAAGUAACGUGAUUUAAGGAAGGAGCACCACACACAGAUAAACACAAUAGAACCACCAACAACCGAUGAUCUCAGACACACUAUAAGCGAACACUAGCGCCAGCGGCCGAUAGGUUUCUUAAGGGUGAAAUGGAGGGAAUUGAAAGUCAGGCUUUUGAAGGGUUGAAGUGGAUCAUAUCGUUCAACGUUACAGAGGAGAGGAGGGGUUUGGAGGAAGCGAGAGCACCUAAGGAAGUGAGCAAACAUUUUGAUUGAUUGUUUGAUUUUCUUAUCUCAAGUUAUAAUGCCAGUCAGUCGAAACAUCCGGAUCCGCCAACAAACGCCGCAAAAGAAACUUUUCGUUGCCUUUCUGGUGAAGGUAUGGGGAAGGCUGGCUGCAGAAGGCUGGUACAGCUUGCAACACGCGGCGGAGAGUUGCAUCCCGCAGGCAGAACUUUCAAAUUUGAAAAUUGAAACGCAACCAGGACAAGGACGAGCGCAGUCGAGCAUGAUUGGUUGGGAUUCAAUGGAGGAUGGAGAAGCAAAAAACCGUGCUCUCCACCAUCACCACAAGCUGAGAUUAUGAUGCCUCGUUGUUGGUUCCUGUGCGUCGAGGCUCUAUGGAUCGCUUUUGCACUUCCACGCAGACUUUCCACAGAGGGAAGCAUCGUUGCAAGGAUUCCAGAUGCAGCUGUUGCGUUUGCUUUUGCAUGAUGAACUUGAUUUUGAUGGGCUGCUGGCCGAUGAGUGAUGAUGAUCCACAUCCCAUCGCAUAGAAACGAAUUCAACUUUUUACUGCUUUUCGGUGCAGAGAAUGCUCUGUUGAAUGAGUUCCCCCCCUCCGUAUUCCUUUUUUGGUGGUACUUUUCAUUAAAAGUUCUCUCUUUGUUUUGCUUCGGAGAAGUUACCGCAUUCGGUGGUUACUAGCAUUUGGACUUUGGAGUUGUGGUAAUGUGACGAGAAAUUUUAGUACUUUGGUGGUAUCGUAGUUGGGUCACUUGGAUUUUAGGUUCCUAGCAACCGAAUGUGUCGAAGGAGUCGCGGAAUGCCUCACGCUCGUGUGAAGCUGAUGCUGAAACGGUAUGGCCAGACAGGACACGAACACGGACCUAAAUCAAUUGGAGUGAAUUCCUCUCACCGUUUCACACCGUUUCCCGAUGGAGAGGACAAUUUUUCGUUGAACUCAAUCGAUUGUCCCUUUGACAAUUUUUAGCUGGAAAUGCAUUUUCCUUGUUUUUCGGACCCAAAUCCCCGAACACACGCCCACUGGAACGAAGAUCCGGUAACGGACGACCUUGGCGGCAACUUGGACUGGAUGCCAAAUAAAAAUGCAAUCCGAAACAAGGUCAGGGAAUUGAGAUUUAACGACAUACCCGGACUGCUCGCUCGGGGAGCACAACUUUCUCGGAAACUCCAAACGGAAGGAAGGCAAGAGGUUUUUCCCGCUAGUGGGAUUCUUUUCAUCGGUUUCAGUUUUGGUUGACCGUCGAUUACCGCGUUUCGUGUGAAAAGUAGGUUCAUCUGGAGCGAAUGGAAAAGUUUUCCCCCUUUUCGCUUUGUGGCAUGCACGGAUCCUUCGAUAAAAUCGAGGAAAAACGAGACAAACAACGGAAAUGUGCCGUAGAUGGCGGUAGAAGAUUAAGGACGAACACCGCAAGAAGGUUAUCACCGAUGGAAGACUAUCGGGCGUAGUGGCGAAACAUGAUCAACCGAUCGGUAGCGAUCGUCGGCCUGUGGUUUGUUGAUUUUUAAACGAUUCAUACCCAUGUUUGCGAGUUAUUUUAGUUGGUAAGGAAACGCUGAAAGGACUUCUUCGUCAUCAUCGUCGUCGUCGUUGUCGUCGUCGAUGAUACAUUAUUUUAUUUUAUUUUAUGUGUGUUUAUGUAUUUUAUGACUGUCGCUCUAAAGACUAGCCGUUAAGUAGUGAAUUUAUUUUAAUGGAAAUCAUUUGAAUAGAUUAUGAUUUUAACGUUUGGCGUAGCUUCCUAGUAUACAGCACAGGUUGGUCGAUCCGUGCCGUUUGUUUCUGAUAGUGUAAAGAGAGGAAGCCCCUAUUGGUUAAGAACUUUGCAAUAAUCGAUCGCACGUGUGCCGAGUGAAUGUGUGCGAUUCAUUAAAAUAUAGAGCGAUUUAUAAGAGAAUGAGAGAGAGAGAGGGAAAGAAAAGAAGCGUCGUUGAUACAUAAAUGGAAAUAUAACGGGAAAACAGCAUUGAAAAGCGCAUGUUCAGUGGUUUAGUUUUCGACAUACGAUAAGGUUUUAUUUGCAUCAACAAUCCCCGAAAUCAUACACAAAGCAUUGCACUGAUUGUACAAAAGAUUCCUUAUCAAUUGAUUCGGUAAGAUGAACUUGUAAUAGUGGGGGGAUUUUUAUUUAUUUUGUAUGAAAACUAAACUUGUAUUUCCACAGGAACACGAUGAUGAGGCCCGCUAAGAACCGGCAGCAUUCGUCGUCGCACGUGUUGCGCGAGAAACAAUUUGUAAAUAAA